CUUUCACCGUGACGGGAGACACAAAACAUAGACACUGUUUAUCCUGCAGUGCAUUUCAAUUCAGCAGCUGAAUUGCUCAAGCCUCCAGGCAAAGGUUCCAUGCGCGCUACGGGAAAAAGGUGGCAAAAAGAAAAAGACGGGUCGGCUGAUCUCUGGGAGCGCUGCCAUUCUGGGCCGCUAGACGCUUGCAUUGGUCAUUGCACUGGAUCAGGCAAAACGUUUGAUCAGCCAGGUUCAAAACCUGCUCCCGGGGGGUCGCUGUGUCAAAACUCAGGAGAAACCUGUUGGAUUGGCAGAUAUGGCGCUUGAGUUAGGAGUUUGAUCCAUUCAAUCGCUCGGACGUGGCUCAUUGAUGAAAGGGGCGGACCUUAAUGUCUUCAUUUGAAGGGAACGCUCGUGCAGCAGAGGGACUGAUUGGACGACGAGGCGAGAAAGUCCUUUAGGGGCCUAGCAAAGAGCUGCAGAUUUGCCAUGGCCUCCCGGAGCAGCGCCGUGCGAGCUCGGGACUUGGAAAGGCGGCGGGAGGCAGAAUGGAAGAACGAGGAGAUUCUCAGUUAUUUGAAGACCGACAAGGCCGAGAAGGGCAACAACACGAGGCUGGGCAAAGUGGACGAUGUGCGGCGGGACCGAGAGGCACGGGAGCGAUCGGUGGAGGCGAGGAAGAUUGAAGCCAUGGAGGCGGCGAUUCGGGCUCGGGAGUUGGCAGCUAAGGCUGCGGCGGACGAGGAGGCCAUCACGCGCACGCUGGAGGAGCAGCGGCGCGAGAAGGAGCGCGAGCUGCUGAUCCGGCAGCGGCUGCUGGAGCAAAGUGAGGAGCUGCGGGAGCUGCAGGAGAAGCUGCGCGCAGCCACGCUGAAUCGGGAGCGUGCACUUCAGCUGGAGGAGCGGAAGGAAGCGGCGGCCCAGGAGGCUGCGUACCACGCGGCAUAUGCCGCGAUCCUAGAAGGGGAGCGGCGGAAGGCGGAGAGGGCGCACCAAGAGGACCAGCAGCGAAAGAUGGCAAACCAGGUGACGGCGCGUCGGAUGCUGGAAGCGCAGGUGGCGGAGCGGCAGGCCGCGCAGGAGGCGGCCGCGGCUGAGGCCGCGCGAGAGCGCGCGCACGUGGAUGCGAUUGUCGCGCAGAUCGACGAGGAGGACCGGAAGGAGCGGGAGCGGCGCAAGCACUCACAAGUGGCGACGCAGCGGUACAUCGAGCAGUACCUCCGAGAACGGGAGGCCCUGCGGCAAGCCCAGGAGGAUGCGAUCCGCGCGGAAGAGGAGCGGAUCGCCGAGUACGCUGCGGAGAAGGAGCGGCGCGAGGAGGAACGGCGGCAGCUGGAGAAGAAGAAGGCGGACGACCAAGGGAGGGUGCACGCGCAGCUGGCCAGGGAGCGGCAGGCGGAGGAGGCGCGGCGCGAGGAGCUGGAGGCGCUCAUCAACGAGCUGCACUUCCAAGAGGCGGAGGACCGGUACUUGCGGGAAGCGGAGGCGCUGCGCCAAAAGCGUGAGCGGCAGCGCGCGGAGAUGGCGGCCGCAAACGCAAUGCAGGCGCGGCUCAAGGAGGAGGCGCGCGCGCGCGAGGCGGCCGAGGAGGAGGCGUUCCGGCGGCGGAUGCUGGCCAAGUUCGCGGAAGACGACCGGAUCGAGCAGAUGAACGCGGCGCGCAAGCGGCUGAAGCUGGAAGAACAUAAGCGGGAGGUGGAGCGGCUGUGGCGGGUCAAAGAGGAGAUCUACCAGAAACAGCGCGAGGCCGAGCUGGAAGAACAGCGCCGGCUGGCGGCCGCGGAGGAGGAGCGCGCGCACAUCAUCGAGGCGGAGCGGCAGCGGCUGCUCGAAGAGUACGCGGCCAAGCUCGCGAACUUUCUGCCAAAGGGCACGCUCAAGAGCGAGGAGGACGUUCAGCGGUUGCACCAGGCGCGGACGCGGCUCGGCGCGUCCUGAGGCGUCCGAAUAUCGCUCAAAAGCUGGGCGAAUCGUCCGAACCGCGUCUGAAAGAGCCGAGAGGGCCGCGCGUUCAAGUCGCGUGGAAAGGCGAAGUGGUGGUAGAAAGCUGGGUGGGACAUGCGUUUAGACGCGAGAGAGUGUUCGAGAAAGCGUCCGAUGGAAAGUGGAUGGAUCGUGAACAGUGUGUACAAUCAAGGUGAAGCUAAGUUAUACAGUACUUAGUUGGCAAGACAGGUUAGUUGCCAGCAUAGGGGGCCGUUUGCGCCUGCAGGCUAGAGGCUAUACAUUGCUAAACUUUCCGCCCUCAGCUGUAUACAGGGCCGCUGCGCGUUUAAGAUUAAGCACCAUGUGCUCUCGAC